AUGGAGAAAAGUCUAGCCGUUGUUAUCGCAGUAUGUGUAGUUGCAUAUGCAUAUUUCCGAUCCGCACAAAACACGGAUGGUAGAAGUACUGAAUUUCCUUCAAAACUAGCGGAAUCCUACGAUUACAUAAUUGUGGGAGCUGGAUCCUCAGGGUCGGUGGUAGCGUCUCGUCUGACUGAGGAUCCUGGUAAUGAUGUGGUGUUACUGGAGGCUGGUGGAUCUGACGAAACUAACCCCAACGUGUACAAACCAGGGGCGGUCGCCAUGCUGACAAAUACUGAAGAAGACUGGGCUUAUUACACUGUAUCACAGAAACACGCAUGUCAAGCUAUGAAACAGCAGAGGAGCUUUUGGCCCAGAGGAAGAGUUCUAGGAGGAAGCAGCUCAUUGAAUUGGAUGGCGUAUGUCAGAGGUAAUCGCCAUGACUACGACAGCUGGGCCGAGGAAGGUUGUGAGGGCUGGAGUUACAAAGAUGUCCUCCCUUAUUUUAUCAAGUCAGAGGACAUACAGAUUGACGAAUUCAAACAAUCAGAAUACCGAGGGAAAGGAGGCCAUUUACCAGUCACUCAACCAUAUACUACACCAAUGCAAAAGUUUUAUUUGGACGCUGGCAAAGACUUGGGUUAUAAUACCAUAGAUUGUAACGGCGAGGACCAGAUAGGGUUUUGCUGGAUGCAGUCCACUAUUAAAGGUGGGGAGAGGUGGAGUUCUUAUAGAUCGUUUAUCAAACCACAUUUGGACCGAUCCAAUCUGCAUGUCAUGCCAAACACUUUCACUACAAAGGUAAUUAUCAAGGACAAUAGGGCUAUUGGCGUAGAGUGUAUAAAGAACGGGAAGAAGUUUCAAGUGUUUGCCAAGAAGGAAGUGAUAUUGUCAGCUGGUGCCAUCAACUCCCCACAGCUAUUGAUGUUAUCCGGUAUUGGACCGAGGAAACACCUUCAGGAAUUAGGGAUCACCUUGCUUGCUGACCUUCCUGUCGGAGAGAACCUGCAGGACCACAUAUUUAUACCGAUGGCGUAUAGAAUAAAUACAACAGGGCCGCUGACAUUCGACAAAUUAACGUCCACAUUAACAACCAAAGAGUACGAGCACUUCCGAACAGGCCCAUUAUCUGCCACAACACUGGAGGCUAUGGCUUUCGUGUACAAAGAUUUCAAUAAAAAGAAAGAUUCUGGAGUCAACUCUGAUAUACAGUUGCUGACGUAUAACUUCCAUAGCUUAACCCCGCCUUUGAGGAAUGUCUUGCACUUGAACUACAAGGAAGAGGUCAAGGAUACAAUUUAUACAGAGACAGAACAGAUCAAAACAACGAUGCUCUUUCCUACACUUCUUCACCCUAAAAGCAGAGGAACGAUCCGCCUCAGAAGUAGGGAUCCUUUUGAUUACCCAGAUAUUGACCCGCGUUAUCUGGAACACCCGGAUGAUUUGAAGACCGUAAUUGCAGGAAUUAGGUUUGUGGAAAAGUUGGUUGGUACGAAAACAAUGAAAUCGAUAGGAAUGGAUGUCAACAAUCCAUCUCCGCUUUAUAAACUGUGUUCCCAAUACGACUUCCGGACGGACAAGUUCUGGGAAUGUUAUGCGAGACAUUUUACACUGACGGUGUACCAUCCAACAUCCACAUGCAGAAUGGGCAGUAAAGACGAUCCGUCAGCUGUAGUGGAUCCCCAGCUCAGGGUGAAAGGGAUAUCUGGUCUGCGUGUUGCCGAUGCUUCCGUAAUGAGAAACGUGCCUGCAGGCAACACAAACGCUCCGACGAUCAUGGUAGGCGAAAAAGCUGCUGAUCUGAUUCGCUAUGGCUGA